ACGCGCGGGAUCUUUCGAAUACGAAAGUUUACAAGCGUUUAUUCGAUAAUAAAUUACUUUUAUAGAUAACGAGAUAAUCUGAAUGUAUUGGAAGUUAAAUGUCAAAUCUCGAACGUAAAAUGUUUAAAUGAGUCUAUUGGCAGCUGCAAUAAGAGGAUAGACAAUUUUCAUUGUUAAAUAAGAAUAUCAAACAGUGAAAUCCUGACGUCGUAUAGUCAGUUUCGCAAAAAUCUACGUUGUAUUUCAUGCAGUUUGCAAUUUGCAGGUAUAGCAGCUUGUUGCAACAGAUGGUUGCGCAAUUCGACGAUAAAAAGCGCUGCAAGUGUAGUGCCCGUCUGGCACCGUCACGUUGGGGGUUAUGUUUACACUCCGAUAUGCGAAAUACAAUAACGUCGGAAUUGUUCGUCGUACGAGCUUUACACACUACGCAUGGUCGAGCGUGAUUGAUUAUCGUCGGUCAUGUGAAAGCUCUGACGUGACCUCGUUUACGCUUUCGUGUGACGCUGAGCGACCGUCGCUGAACCGUCGCGAUAUCACUCGCGGAUCGCGCGUCGGAUCCGUUUCCAAUUUGGCCUACCCGUUCGUCGAUCAAUUAUCAAUUUUUCCACGAUGCUGGAGGGAGUGAAGCACGUGCUGUUGGUACUUUCGGGAAAAGGCGGCGUCGGCAAGUCGACAAUCAGCACCCAGCUGGCGCUUGCUUUGAAGGAAUCGGGCUUUCGGGUUGGGAUCUUGGACGUCGAUCUUUGUGGCCCCAGUGUGCCUUACUUGCUGAACUUGGAAGGGGAAGAUGUUCACCAGUCCUCCGAGGGGUGGAUACCAGUGUUCGCCGAUGCAGAGCAGAAACUGUCUGUCAUGUCGAUCGGUUUCCUCCUUAAAAGUCAGAACGACAGUGUGGUCUGGCGCGGACCUAAGAAGAACGGCAUGAUCAAGCAGUUUCUAACAGAUGUAGUUUGGCAGGAUAUCGAUUACCUGAUCAUCGACACACCACCUGGCACCUCCGACGAGCACAUUACAGUCAUGGAGAACUUAAGAAGUGUAAAAUGCGACGGUGCGAUUAUAGUGACCACUCCGCAGGCGGUCGCAGUGGACGAUGUUCUGCGGGAGGUGACAUUUUGCAGAAAAACUGGCAUCCACAUAAUCGGCAUCGUUGAAAAUAUGAGUGGCUUCGUCUGUCCCUCAUGUACAGAGUGCACCAAUAUAUUCUCCUCGGGCGGUGGGAUAGCCCUCUCGGAGAUGGUGAAGGUGCCGUUUCUAGCUAAAGUACCCAUAGACCCACAAGUCGGCAAGUUAGCGGAUAAGGGACAGAGUGUCCUGGUGACGUUACCCGACAGCCAAGUCGCACAGGUGUUCAGAAAGUUAGUCGAGGAACUCACCAAGAGUAAGGAGGCUUGAGGACAGUUAUUUUGCACCGCGAGAGUGAUUUCCGGGAUUACACGUGGGCGAUACGCUCUACUGGCAUCUUUAUCUUAGAUUGACUUAUUUACAGGAAAUUGUAUAUACAAGUAUCUCUGUGAGAUAAUUGUUUUUAUACUAUAGUGUGUACGAAGUUGCAAAAAAAAUAAAUAAAGAAUUGUUAUUUUAUCGUA